AUGUCCUCUCCUUCGGCACCCGAGCACCUCAACGCUACAGGAUGUCGCAUUCAGUACUCGGAAGGCAAAGGUCGCGGCGUCUACGCUUCUCGGUUCAUUGCGAAGCGAACGCUCGUUGAAAUCAGCCCUAUUCUCUUGUUCUCGAAGGAGGAAUACGAAUCGCACGGCAGAUACACCGUUCUCGACCAUUACACAUUCAAGUGCAAGGAUGGACGGAUGGCUCUAGCUUUGGGACUUGGUUCUCUGUUCAACCAUUCUGAUCCUCCCAAUGUCACCUACGAAAUCGAUCUUGCAACGGAUUCCAUACGAUAUACCACCGUUCGCGAUAUCGAGCCUGGCGAAGAGCUAUGCAUCUUCUAUGGUCAUAAAUUGUGGUUUCAACCUGUCGAAUCUGACAACCAAGCCACUGUGGAAUCUGAGGCAGAAGAGCCCCUUCCCAUGUCUGCUAGUAGCCAAAAUAACGAUGAUAUCGUCGCUGAAGAUAACCUUCCUUUCUUCAAAAUCAAGCCACCUCCAGAUGAAGAAGACCUAGCAAGUAUAAGGACUAUGCAAGCAUGGGCUGUAGAUAUCCCGGACCCAAGACACACAACUGCAAUACUCAAAUGGCUUAAACAAGCUGGCCUCGAUACCGAUGAUCUAGGGCACCUCAAACGCGUCCAAAAGCAGAAUGGCAAGACGCGACUCCUGCUGACGGCACUACCCACAUGUCCUCCGCCUCCGGCAGACUUCAAUCUACCUGAACCCAUCCAACUCCCGGUACCAACCUCUGCCGCUCUCACGCCUACUUCCCUGGCACUCAAAUCAAGUUACUGGCCUACCAUAUAUGCUCCACGUCGGAAAGGCGAAACUGAAUCCUGGUCACAAGGCAAAGUGGCCUGGGCACGAGAUGCAAUGAGCUUGACCGUCGCUACGGCCUUAAGAGCGCAAGAAAACGGAGAACUACCCAUCGCAGCCCACGUGCCCAUCCCCUACGAGGUCGAUAACGAAGACGCUAUUCCGGUAACCGGUACAGCUUCAGAUACACGAACGUCGACGCGCCAUCCUCUGCGCCAUUGUGUGCCCAAUCUCGUAAGAGACAUCGUGGAUCGAUACCACGAGGCGAGGAGACAAUCGUCACCUCCCCCAGACUCUGUGAAGAAUGGAACGAAUUACCUCCUUACUUCUCUCUCGCUUUUCAUCACGCACGAACCCUGUAUAAUGUGCAGUAUGGCAUUGCUGCACUCCCGUGUUAAAGAGGUGUUUUAUUUCAUACCAAUGGAGAAGACAGGUGGGUGCGGUGGGUUGGCUUGUUUACCCACUUUGCCCGGAGUAAACCAUAGAUUCACCAUCUGGAGAUGGCGAGAUGGGGACUUUGACAUAGAUCGCAUUCGAAUACAUGAAAACAGUGAUGCAUAA